AUACAACUACCCCCAUUUCGAUUUCCAUUUUUUUCCCUAACUCGUAAUGUAUUUAAUUCAAGUGAAACGUAAUCAUGACGUGUGUUGUCAUUAAUCUCCUCGCCGCCUCUCCCGGGACUGUUGGAGGUGGUCAGGCAGAUUGCCACCAUCAGAACACACCCUCUUUAAGUCAAGGAAGUGAAGCAUGGCAUAGACACAUCAACAAGUAUGGAUUCCCCACCGGAGAGUAUACUGGCUCUUUCCUGUGAGCCCCCAUUGUCUCCUCCCUCCAUGCCAUCCCUGGACCACAGUCCCCAAUUCCUACCCCAGAGUCCUCAAUCUACCCCUUCUAGCCCUCAAACUGAACUCUAUGCCCCAGUAUCACCUUGCCCCCUUCCAGAGGCCAGCCUCCAAGAUGAGGAGGAGGAUGAGGAGUUGUCAAAUCCCCCAUCACCCACCCCAGCGGUGGCGCUGUUUCCUGGUGAACUGGAGCUUGGCAGUACCUCAUCGGAGAGCAGCCCCCCAGCCACACCAUUAACACCUUUUCCAGGUUUUGGAGCUCUGGAACAGGCGAUCUCCUCUGGUCAAAGUACCACCUGUGUUGAUGAGUUGGAUCUUCAGCUUUUCAACAAUGAGGGCAUGGCUGUCCCCGGAGGGACAAGCUCUGGGCCUGGCCUAAGGUUUCCAUGCCAAGUGUGUGGAAAGAGGUUCCGCUUCCAGAGUAUUUUGUCUCUGCAUGCUCGAGCACACAGUUUAGACAGGGAGCGUCGAGCUUCAGCUCCCUACCGAACCACACAUGCCAAACUGCCCCAGAACCAUGUGGGCGACAGUGUAAUCCAGAAUCUCAACAACAGAGAGCCUGGUCUGAAACUGAGUCCAUUAUCUGUGUCAUUACAAAAGAAUAUGGAUGAGGACAUGGUUCCAGAGGAACCUCUUCAAACUGCUAGCAGCCCUCAGUUCCUCUUUGAAGGAACCACAGCCCUGACUCCACCUUUAACAGAGGAAGCACCAAUCUCAACCUCCUUCUCUCCACUUGCCCACGCCCACUUAGAAGACAACACCCCCUCGACAGCUGCUUCUGCCUUCCGGUGUCAUGCUUGUAAGGGUAAGUUCCGUACAGCUUCAGAGCUGGCACGUCAUGUGCGGAUCCUCCACAACCCCUACAAAUGUACAAUGUGUCCCUUCUCAGCCAGUCAGGAGGAAAGACUGGCUGCCCAUCUACAGGAGAGCCACCCACCUGAGGAUCCUGCCACUGAAAUGGUUUUCCCUUCUCAACCUAUAACAGCACCAACAGAGGCUCCUCCCUCACAAAUGCCAGUUGUUCCAGCUUUCCGAUGCGAGACGUGCGGGCAGCGUUUUACUCAGUCCUGGUUUUUGAAGGGGCACAUGCGGAAGCACAAGGACUCAUUGGAUCACAAGUGCCAGGUGUGUGGCCGUGGCUUCAAGGAACCCUGGUUCCUAAAGAAUCAUAUGAAGGUGCAUCUCAACAAGCUGGGCCUCAAAGCUGGAUUGGGAAAUCUGGGGCCAGCUGUAAAUGAGCAAUCCAAAGGUCCUGCAAGCACACAAGUGCUGGGGGCCCUGUAUUCCAACUUACUCCUGGCCCGCAGUAUGACCGGUGGCGGUGGUUCAGGAAGUCGCACAGAGAGGUCAGAUGCCAGUGCAGGCUCAAGCAAAUCCUCUAUAUUGGGUUAUCUGGGCUUACCCAAAGACACCAGCAAUGGAAGUUGCAUGGAGCGCCUUCAGGCAGUGGCACAGGUUGCUGAAAUGGGUAAUGGUGGAGGACGGGGAGGUGACGCAGCAGACGGAGCGGACCAGGCAGCCAUGUGGCAGCUGGUUGCUCGCAGUCUGGUAGCAGCACAGCACAACCAACAGCAACAGCAGCAGCGAUCUCCUUCGCACCAUCAGCUUCCUUCCUCACGAGGCACAGUCUCUGGGGAAGCCAAGCAGUUAAGGGCCUACCUAGGUGGAAUGGGUGCUAGAGAGGAGCUGGAGGGAUCUUGUCCACCUUGGGAGUGUCCAGAUUGCGGCAAGUUGUUCAGAAGCCUUCAGCAGGUGGUUGCUCAUUCCCGUGUCCAUGUCAAGAAACCACAGAAAGGUCAAAGUCCUCGAGGGGGCAUGUCCAGGGAAGAGGACAUUAUAAACAGAGUGAGUGGAGCUCAGGCAACGGGUGGAGUUGGAGGAGGUCAAAGAACUAGUGAUAAUGAAGGAAGGCAGGAGGGAAAGCAACUACCAUCAGGAGUCGGGACAGUUGGGAGCUUCCAUUCUGUCAUAUCACAUCUUUCUGGUCAGAAUGAUCUGAAGGGAUCAUCCUCUUCCACUUCAUCUCCAAGGGAGCGUGUUCGUGGAACAGGAACAAAAGAUUGCCCCUACUGUGGUAAAGCCUUUCGGUCCUCCCAUCACCUUAAAGUGCACCUUCGUGUACACACAGGUGAGAGACCAUACAAAUGCCCACACUGUGAUUAUGCUGGCACCCAGUCUGGCUCUCUCAAGUACCACCUUCAGCGUCAUCAUCGUGAGCAAAGGAACGCUAUGGCAACCACCACAAAUUCCCCAUCACCGUGCCUUCCCUCUCUGACUAGCUCUCCUCAUGAAGGGGUGAAAAAGCGACGUCACCCCUCCAUGUCCCAGUCUUCUUUUGGGAGGGUGCCUGGAGAGGCUCCUUCUUCAAGGCACAGUCAGUCAUGGGCUGCAAGCCCGCCAGAGAAGAAGGAGGGCACUACUGCAUCUGGACGUCAAAGAGAGGGAGACAUGGAGAGUCAGUAUCUCAGUCUGUCAGGAAUGAUGGGUACUCUCUUUGCCGGCGGUCUAGAACCAAGUUGGAUUGGGGAGGUGCCACCUCCAAAAAUGCCCAAAGUGUCUCGACGUAAACCCCUUACUACAAGCCGCAUGAUGUCAGCAAAUGGCUACCAGGGCGGGAAGUCCAGCGGGUCCCAGGAAGGAGGCUUUGAACCUCUGGACCUUUCCCGCCGCCCUUUACAGGAUGAAGGGGGAAUGAGUAGUUCUGUAGGUGGACCGUCAGGUGGCUCUAAAGGAGGGAAUGACAUCCUCAAUCAAUGUGUCUUCUGUCCCUUCCGGACCUCUUCUGUUGAGCUUAUGGCCAUGCACCUUCAGGUUAAUCACACCAGCAAGUCUCGUCGCAAGAGGGGAGCCACUCUCACUUCCACCAAUCAUUCUCCAAGACUAACUUUGGCCAAGCCAGACCACGAUCCCCUGGCUCUGUGGAAGUUCCUCGGUGCAGAAGAUGGAGUAGCAUUUCCUGAGGACUGGGUCUCGUCAAAGACAAGAGCUGAGAACGGAGUCAGCCCAGAGAACAGGGACACAGAGGACAGUUUUGAACUGACCCCUGGACCUGUGGGAAGCGUCAAUGAGAAGGGACUUAAAAUGAGAGAGGAGCUGGACGAGGAAGAUGAGGAAGUCGAUGAGGAGAAGAAUGACCUGGAAGCUAAUGGGAGCUUUGGAAGUAUAUCCCAGCAUCAGAGCAGAAGGGCUGGGUCUGUUUCUUCAGACCUCGUAGCUGAGGAUUUUCCCAAGGAGGAGGAAGGCGACUUGGGGAAAUAACAUCACACAAGAACCCUGGAUGAGUUUGGACUAGUGUGGUCAAAAGUACCAACUUUGGUACUAGUCAGUACUGAAUUAGAAUCUAUUUCCCGCUAACAUUUGAGCACUGUCGAGCUGAUUCUUGGCCAUUGUGUUCACACGCUCAACAGAUACGACAGUGAUUGGCUACAAAGAUCAUCGCUGAAUACAAUGGCCAAUCAGCACUGUUUAAGAAUCAGCUCAGUAGUGCUCAAAUGUAUCGGGAAAUGGAUGUAUUUAAAAUUUCAGUACUGACUGCUAAUGAAGUCGGUACUUUUGACAACACUAGUUUGGACAUAGCGGCAGGGGAGAAAUAUUUGGGAAAUAGUUAUCCAGGGUCCCUCGUACAACCCUGUUGAAAACAACAACAAAAAACAGCAUUUGCAGGUUAGGUAUGGCAGCUAGCUUGAGCUGGUUUAAGUUGGUCCUUAGUUGGUCCUGAGCUGGUUUAAGCUGGUCAUGUGCUGGUCCAAAGCCACUAGCUCAUGCUCUAGACUAGUAUAAACCAGUUCAAAUCAGCUGCCAUGCUUCAAAACAUACCUAAACAACAUAUGCUGUUUUUUCAACUGGGAAUUCAAACCAAGGGCAGACCAGUCGCUAUGCUAACAUACUCUACAGUAUCUGUAAACAGAUAACCUGCAAAAGUAUUUAAAUCAAACAUUCCCCUUAAUAUAUCCUCCUAGCCCCCCUUGGUUAGUGAUCGAUUACCUCUACACACACGCACACACACACACACACACACAUACACAGACACACAGAGAUAUCCGGUAUUGUAUGCUAGUCUAAGCCUGCCUGUCUCGGGGCCUUCUUGAACACUGUCCUCUUGUUCCUGUCUUCUAGUCAGUGAACAUAAUUGCCAAGUUGAAUUUAUUUACAAUUUCCUUGCUCCUGUGAAUCUUGCUCUCAUUUCAACAAGGACCUAGAAUGUCAAUCUGGGCAGCCAGAAAAGCAAAAAAGAGACACUGGUCUUAAUCGCUACGAUAUACAGUAUUAAUGCUGAGAGGGAUGGACAUCCUACUUCCACGUGAACUUGAUCUGACUGCACGUCUUCAGCAAACCAAAGGAGUGAGCACACUUCUUACCAUGCACCUGCCAGACUCUGAACAGAAUGCUGUGAUGACUGAAUGGUACUUGUGAAUCACCUCUAACAGAACAGGACAGAGUAAAGAUUAUAUUACCAGAUAUCCACACACUGCCAGUCUGCUCCGACGGGUCUUCUUCAGAUAUUAUAUCAAACAGAGAUUCUGCCUCUUCUAUAUGCUAUUUCUCUCAGUGCCUGUUGAUGUAAAAGUUUUUUUGUUUUGUUUUGUUUUUUAGCAGAUUCAGCAACACAGGAAUAUAGUUACAGUGAAUAUAUACAGUAUAUAUGUGUAGUUGUGCUAGAGCGUAGAGUUCUGUGACAAUAUGCUGGCAGUUUGUGACUAUGUCUGCUGUGAAUGAAACAAUGAAUGAGCCCAGAGCACCACAUGUGGGAACAGCUGGCCGUUUGACAAGGGCCCUAUGGAAGUGUUUAUGUUGCAGAUACCACCAACCAGGAUUUCUGGGUGGAAUCCAGCCCACAGUUACUACGGAAACAGUAAUUUCAGGGUUGGAAAUGAAUCACAAUCUAGAAAAUGGAGACUUGGCAAUAUAUCCUUCAUAUUCCUGUAAUAUCUCAGAUUCUCAAACCAUCCGGAGAGGGUGGAAAGUGGGUUUCUAUUAAAACAUUCAGUAAGCUGUUUUUUUUUUUAGACGUGAGUAGACAUAUUGGAAACUAAAAAAAAGAGAAAACACACACACACACACACACACACUAACAAAUUCAGACAUCCCAGUAGAACAUAUGUAGCUUUUAUAAAGAUAAGAGAUCAAAAAGAGGGAAAAAAAAGAUGUUUUCCUUUUAUGAAGUGUUAAUGGAAACGGAUAUGGAGAAUAGUAAUAAGUAUUAUAAUAAUUAUGAAAGAAGACUGCUUCAGAAUGUCUUUAGAGCACUGUGCAAAGUUUAUUUUCCAUUCGUUUCACCUUUAAAUGCAGUCCAAAUGUUGUUCUUUUUCCCAAAACCAUUUCUUCACAAUGCUGCAGAUUCAAUUCACGUUCCCUUAAAUGAUGCAUUUAUGUAUUCACCAAUCAACAAAAACAAUCGUUCGGACACACAAUCAAUGUUAAAGCUUGCCUGAUGAUCUUGAAACUUCAGCGCUUGCUAAUAUGUUUAUAAGCUGAUGCUGAAAUCGUGUCCAAGACAUGUCCCAGUAUCAGCAUUAUCAGUCUGACUGAUCUGCUUGCCAAAUUUGAUUUGAUGUAAUUGUGUCGCAUUUUUGAUCUUACAAAUGAUGAUCUACUUUCCUUAUCCAACUCUGUGAAAUCAUUUCCAUCGGGUCAUCUCAUUUUUAUCGUUAGACACCGAGUAGGCGGCACCUUUGUCCGGUGAUUGACAGAGGCUGGCCUUAAUAUGUGCGUUAUCGUGUCCUUGUGUCGUGUGUAGAUUAUCUCUUAUGUGUUCGGUUUACCCCUGAUGUGGUGUUCCUUUGAGAUAACAGUCAAGCCACUGUGCCUUCUGUCCUGAGCACUUCCUCAAGUAUUUUGUAAGCUCACCAAAAGCACUUAGCCCCUACUGUUUCACUUUGUAUUCUUUGGUAAACCGCUCUGUACGUCUCUGUAUCUGAUCCUCUGUUUUGUAGGGGUAAUUUCCAUUUCAUAAUAAUGAGUGUCAUUCCAUCAUACAUGUGUGCUGUCACAUCUCCUGUUUCUCUCUCCUUCCCUUUAGCGUAUGCACCACUUAAAAGUUACGUACUAUCUAGCUCCGAGGCCUUUUUAGAAGUUACUUUGAUUUCUAUGAUGUUACUUUGAUGCUGAUGAAAUGAAAUCAAGCUCUUCUGCUCAUAAUUAUUAUUAUCAUUGUUCUUUUUGUUUUAUGGAAGAAAAAAAUAAGAAAAAAACAAAAAAAAAAAACAAAAAAAAAAUGUGUCUCUUGAAUGUUGUACAGAUAGAAAUAGAGAUGUUGUGUUUCUAAGGAGAGAUCAAACCGUGAUACCUGCUCUCCAUCGCUCCCUGCGCAGCCAAACUUCUGCAUCAGCAAUGACGUGGCUCUUUAAGGACAGCCGAACUGUGUACAGGGAUCAGGGCAAUAGUAUUGUUUUGUGUGUUUGUGUGUGUGUGCACUGAUGUCUUAAAAAUUAAUAUUUUGUGAAGAUAUACUGACACUGUGAAAUAAGCAUAAAGUAUUCCCAAACAGUGACGCGCUGCUCAAAAAUUCACUACGUUUGACGUGCACUUUUUUUUUUUCCACCAGAAGUGUGUGAAAUAUUAUCAAGUGAGAGGGGAGAGGUGGGGACAAGGUCUGGUUUGGUCUUUUCAGUAGCUGACUGCUGUUGGUGGCAGAGGAAGGUGAUCUAACAUAGUAGUGACUAAUAUGAAAUUGUGGACUGAAAAAAAAAAAGAGUAGAAAAGAAUCAAUAAAAUAAAAUAGUAAAACAAA